AGUCAGUUGAGGAGACGGACCCAGCUGAACGUGAACUUGCGGGGAAGGUCAGGCGACUGCAACAUGGGACUCUUUUCCACGAUCAGGCAAGUGUGGGCUUCCUAUCCCGAGCACAUCAUUGGGACUCUUGUGGUCCUCGCCGUGGCCCCGUUUAGCAUCCGAUCGGCGAUCAAACAACACUACAAGCCCUGGCACUACAGGACAAGCUACACAGUUGUCAGGGACGACGACCCGUACGCGAAAGUUCUGGAAGAAGCCUACAAGGACUUUGUCCCCCACAAGCUUCCCAAAUAGGAUGCAAGUGUAACGCACUCGCGUAGGAACCUUAACUGAUCUAAUAAAAUGUCCUUACUUCGAUCGUUCCACA